GUCAACACCUGGAAUUACAUACAGGUAUACGUCUACAGAACAAAACCACCGGAGAUAAAGCUGAAUGGGGAGUUGCUCAGCACCGGUGGAACGGGAGUAUGUGAAAUUGGGCACAACAGCCCGGCGCCGGUGACUGGGCUCCUCUAUCCGAGGAUUGUGAUUGGACAGAAUAUUAACCUUUGUGUCACAGAUAUCGCCGUGGCCGAGGAAGAACCCGAUGCCACCGGCGGCCAGAUGCCAGAAAUAAACCUGCUGCAGACUUGUUACGAGGACACGGACUUUGUGUUCAGCUUGGAAGGCAGUGAACCAAAUUUCUUGAAUGUGCCGGAGAUGGCGUCGCUACUGUCCAGCUUCAAUAGCUCCCUGCCCGAGCGUCCAGGGACAGGGUGUGUGACCGGUCCGGACAGCAGAUGUGAAAUGUUUACGAUUUCGUUUUGGCUGAAGAUUGCUGGUAGAGACGGGACGCACCAUGAGCUUCAUACUUCUGAGGAUGAACUGCUUGUCCUCUCCACGGGCCCUCCGAAGUUCAUAGGUCUAGCGGUCUACGUGCAGUAUUCCGAUGCGCCUGGUCGCCUUCACCUAAUAGUGGAGUAUCGUGAAGAGCAAACCAUGAGUCGUAUAUUUCAACUGGAUGUCUUUGAGGUAGAGGCGUGGACGAACCUUGGAAUCGUGUAUGUCGCAGAUACAGAGAGAAGUGAAGCAACACUUGAAGUCUACAAGGACGGCAAGCAGUUGGUAUCAACCAGCCAGCCAAUACCUACGUUUUCGCUCCACCUAGCAGCCAACCCGACCCCCGGAAUAUACAUCGGAGCCGCAGUGCGAACAAUGCCAAAUAUGUCGGAGGUGAAGGUAGCCUCCGGCAGCAUUAGUUCCCUCGGUACGUGA